AUGACUAACUCGCUAAUGCUGCUCGCUUUUACCAACGCGUGGGUCACCAUGUUCUGGCUGCAGGCGAUGAAGCCCGGCGGAGUGCCAAUCACGGAUCUACACUAUCAUACGCAGGGCGCUAUGGGGCUGACUGGCGCAUUGUCGGCUUUGUUGAAAAGAAGAAGCGUUGGGAUUAGCCUUGUGUGUAUUAUGAUCGCAGUCAGCAGCAUCGCCCGCGGUCCUCUGAUACAAAGGGCCGUAUCCGUGCAAACGUUGGAAUUCUCAGUCAACGGGACGAUAGAUCUGCCGAUAAUGCGGGGCCUUACGGAUGGCUGGGGGGGAAGAUAUAACGAACAUUCGGGCAGCAACAUGGCUUUAUUCGACGAAGGCUUUUCUCAGGCCAUCCGAGACUUCCAGGCCAAGACCCCAAUUCACAUUCCUGGGCUGGCACAGCCUUGUGAGAACUGUUCAUUCACAGUCAACGGUUUCGGAUUUGAUGUCAUAAAUUGCGCUGAGGAGACCACGCCCUACAAUAUCUAUGAGCAGUGGAACGCGCGUGAGGGUUAUACCAAGUUUGAUUUUACUGCGACAUUCUAUGAAGUCAAUAUCACUUGGGCGUCAUUACGUCCUAAUGAAGAUAUCUGGGACAUUGGGCCAAAGGGGUUAGAGACCAGAAUCUUGCGAAAGGCUGAACCUGACUGCAAAGGUGAAACUAUCACCCGGGUUUGUUUUUUCAACCCAUCGAGAAUGGAGUACAAGCUGUUUAUGGACAAGGGUAGCAAUGUGACCUUUCAAUCGUCUGACUGGAAAAGCGAUGUGGUCGUUGAGAACAUUACCCUUUUCCCCCCCUUCCGCAACGCCACGAACACUCUGCUACCUCUUUAUAACUUCAUCAAACCCCAAUUCGAAGCCCGGGCAAUGCUUUACGAAGGCGUCGGCGACCACGACAUGUCGUAUUCUGGCCUGGGCGGCUACCUCUACCACCGGAAGCCAGCCCCCGGGACAAAGCGCUGUUGGGGCACGUGGGAAGAUCCCUUCGACGAUAUCAUGAAUUCUUUCCGCGAUCUAGGCCUGCGGCUAUCAAUCCGCGAAGCGAUGGAAAAGAAGGAGGAGGCCGAGAAUCUGAAAGUGAUGGGAAACGUGACCGAUGCCGACGUUCUGAUGGACAAAGUGAUGCAGAAGGGUGUGGAGUUUGUGAGCAACCAGGCGAGUUUGAGGUAUGUGGUUGAUAAUGGCAAGCUUUGGUUAGGGCUGGGAGUAAGCGUUAUGGGCCCGCUGGCAACCCUGAUUCUGUUAUUGUGGCAGUGGUGGGGAAGAGCAAUGUUCAUGGGCUCGCCAGGGUUGGGAAGGACGUUCUCGAUGAGUCCGUUGGAGAUUGCUAAUGCGUUCUUUGGUGGUGGCGGCGUUUCCGUUGCAAGGAAGAGGGCCAUGAUGUCGACAUCGUACUCGCCGGGAAGUGGAAGCGAGAGCACCAGCAAAGCGGGCAGCUCCUUGGCAGUUGUUGUGAUGGAGGUGGACCAGGGUGAUCACCACAAUCUGAACCAGCAGCAACACACUCACACCCUAACCCCAAUCUUGACGGGCUGCAGCAGCAACUCCUCGGCGAGCCAGAUUGUCAAACAUAUCCGACGAAGAACCGUAGCGAUGAAUGGAAAGGGAGGCCUUAUCAGGAACAAGGAGCCUAGGGUACAAUAUGGAGUGGACGAGAGCUCGGGACGGCUUGCUUUUGUGGUCAUUGAGAGAGGGGAAGAAGGCGAGACGGUCGUUAGACCGCCGAAAAGAAAGGAGAUGUUGUAA